AUUUGUGUAGGAGGCUGGAAGGAAGUGUUGGGAAGUGUAAAGUUGAAAGAAUUGUUAAACUAUGACAGUAAAUCAAAUAGUAAUUCAAUAUUUUAAUUAAAACAGUAUACAAUUCGUAGCUUCUACAGGUAUAACGUAGACAUUUUGAAUUUUUAACGCUGUAACCUUAAGAUUAAUCUACUAUAAUGAAGCGUUAAAAUUCUUUAAAUUAUUGUUGAUCACAUCUCUGAUAGUGAUAUAAUAUUUAUGUUUAAAUAUUUAGCUCUUUAAUAAAGUAUUAAUUGAUUAUGUCUACGUAUUUAUUGAAUUUCAUUAUGUCAAAGAAGCACUUUUUUUUAAUUAUAUUUAUGCUGAGUCAAGUUAGCAGUGAACAAGAGGAUGAUCAUGUGCACACUGUACAAUAUACCAAAGAUAAUUUUUCAACAGAAAUUAAAAAGAAAAAUCACUUUGUUAUGUUUUAUGCACCUUGGUGUGGCCAUUGUCAAAGACUUGAACCUACUUGGGAGCAAUUAGCAGAAAUAUCAAAUGAGGAUGAUAAUAAUAUAAAAAUUGCUAAAGUAGAUUGUACUAUUGAUAGCACUUUAUGUACUGAACAUGAUGUUACUGGUUAUCCUACGCUAAAAUUUUUUAAAGCUGGAGAAAGCAGAGGUACCAAGUUUAGAGGGACAAGAGAUUUGCCAUCUCUAAUUUCUUUUCUUAAUGAUCAAUUAGGAACCACUCUUGGGAGUAAUGAUGUUGCACCAUCUCCUCCUGAAGCAGUCAAUGGUUUAUUGGAAUUAACAGAGGAUACUUUUGAUAUACAUGUAUCCACUGGUUAUCAUUUUAUAAAAUUUUAUGCCCCUUGGUGUGGUCAUUGUCAAAAAUUAGCACCUACUUGGGAGGAGUUAGCUAAUAGUUUGCGUAAUAAUAAUUAUGUUAGCAUUUCCAAAGUGGAUUGUACACAACACCGUAAUGUCUGUAGACAGUUUGACAUAAAAGGGUAUCCAACAUUGCUUUGGAUAGAAGAUGGAAAGAAGGUAGAUAAAUAUUCAGGACAACGUACUCACGAGGAGUUGAAGGCCUAUGUAUCGAAAAUGCUCGGAAAGGAGAAUGAUCAAAUUAAUGUUAAAAUUGAUAAUUCAGAUAGUGCAUCUCAUACUGUACUACUUAGCUUAACUGGUGAAAGUUUCAAACACGGUAUUGAAAACGGCAUUUCGUUUGUCAAAUUUUUUGCACCUUGGUGCGGACACUGUAAACGUUUAGCGCCAAUUUGGGAAGAUCUUGGAAAGAAGUUUCUGACAAACGAAGAUGUGCAUAUAAUCAAAGUAGAUUGCACUCUCGAUGCAAGUAAAGAAUUGUGCAAUGAACAGGAAGUAGAUGGUUUUCCAACUUUAUAUUUAUAUCGUGAUGGACUUAAAGUUGCCGAAUAUAAUGGUGCUCGUAACUUGGAUGAUCUCUACGAAUUUGUAGAAAGUUACUUGCAGCCGCACGAUGAACUAUAAUUACGUACUUUCCACGCGAUUAAUUUAACUUUAAAGCAAUACAUAUAAUUUUAAGAUCUUUUUAAAUAUAAAUGUGUAAUACUUAACUAAAUUAUACAUGUACGGUAUAUUAUAUAAAGAAACCCCGAAGUAAUCCAGGCCAUAUAUUUUUCAUUUUUGUAUAAAAUAUCAAAACAAAAACAUUAUAAAAUUACUAUAUUUUUGCGUGAACCAAUCAUGUACUUCCAAAAUAUAUUUAUAAAACCAUUCGUAUUCAUCUGAA